AUGGCAGAAGCUAUUACAAAGACAUUUGAUGAUGCUAAACGUGAAGGCAGGACUGUCCUAGUCACCUUUUUGACAGCAGGUUAUCCAACCGUAAAAGACACGGUUGAUAUAAUGCGUGGCUAUCAAGAUGGUGGAAGUGGAAUAAUUGAACUUGGAAUGCCUUUCUCAGACCCUAUCGCUGACGGUCCAGUAAUUCAACAUUCUAAUAAUGUGGCACUUCAAAAUGGUGUUACUACUUCUAAGGUCUUGGAACUUGUUAGGGCAGCUCGUAGUGCUGGAGUUACUGUACCUAUCAUUUUAAUGGGCUACUACAACCCAAUUUGGGCCUACGGUUUAGAAAAGUUUGUUAGUGAGGCAGCAGAAGCUGGUGUAAAUGGACUGUUAAUUGUUGACCUCCUUCCAGAAGCAGCCCAUGACUUGCGUUCUUUGCUUCAGCGGAGUGGUAUGAGUCUAAUACCGCUAGUAGCGCCAUCAACUACAGAUGAACGCUUAGCAUUCCUAUCAAAGGUUGCGGGCGCUUUUGUCUACGUUGUAUCUCGUAUGGGUACUACUGGUAUGCGUAAUAGUGUGGAGGAUGAUUUGGGUUCCCUAAUAGCUCGUGUUCGUAAGGCAAUGGGCAACAAAAUACCUUUGGCAGUUGGAUUUGGUGUGACAACAAGGGAGCACUUUGACAAAGUUGCUGAAGUCGCAGAUGGUGUUAUUGUAGGCUCUAAAUUAGUCACCCUUAUUGAUUCAGGAACCGAAAAUGCGUACGAGGCUGUGAAGAGCAGUUGCGAGGAUUUGGUUGCAAGUCAGGUCAAAACUGCCGGUAACGUUGAUGAUCAUAAAUCACACUUGAUUGAGAAGCCUUCUGCCGACAACAUUUCGGAGGAAGAUCCCGUACCUUACGUUCUAGAAGGUGCAUUUGGGCAGUUUGGAGGGCAGUUUGUUCCAGAAGCCCUCCACGCUUGUCUCCGGGAGUUGACGGCAGGUUUUGAAGCAGCUAUCGCUGAUCCCAGUUUUUGGGAGGAGUUUAGAGCUCUUUAUCCAUAUAUGGGGCGUCCUUCUUCGUUUCAUAAAGCCGAAAGACUUUCCAAAUAUGGGGGUGGGGCUACGAUCUGGCUCAAGCGAGAGGAUCUCAACCAUACAGGUUCGCACAAGAUCAAUAACGCUUUAGCGCAAGUGCUUCUAGCUAUUCGCCUAGGAAAGAGCCGUAUCAUUGCAGAAACUGGAGCAGGGCAGCACGGUGUGGCUACUGCAACUGCAUGUGCGAAGUUUGGUUUGCAAUGUACUGUUUUUAUGGGAGCUGAAGAUGUUAAACGUCAAGCGUUGAAUGUCUUCCGUAUGAAAUUGCUAGGAGCUGAAGUUGUCGCUGUGUCUAGUGGUUCCAAAACUUUGAGGGACGCUACCUCGGAGGCAUUCCGCUACUGGGUCUCGCACCUGAAGGAUACGCACUACGUUGUUGGAUCUGCAAUUGGUCCACAUCCAUAUCCUUUGCUAGUCAGGACCUUCCAAAGUGUCAUUGGCCAGGAAACCAAGCGCCAAUUUGCAGAACUAAAUGAUGGAAAACUACCUGAUGCUAUUGUUGCAUGUGUAGGUGGAGGCUCCAACUCCACUGGGAUAUUUUCUCCUUUCGAAAACGAUACUACUGUGCACCUCGUUGGCGUGGAAGCAGGUGGUGACGGAAUUGAAACCGGGCGUCAUUCCGCAACACUUACAGCGGGUACAACCGGUAUUUUCCAUGGAGUGAAGACCUACGUUCUUCAAGAUGCAGACGGUCAGAUAAAAGAAACCCAUUCAAUUUCUGCUGGGUUAGAUUAUCCAGGUGUCGGCCCAGAACUUGCCUCAUGGAAAGCUUCUGGAAGAGCUGAAUUUAGGACCGCUACAGACGCUCAGGCGUUAGAGGGUUUAAAAUUACUUUCUCAACUUGAAGGUAUUAUUCCAGCACUUGAAUCAUCUCAUGCAGUUUACGUUGCAAUUCAGUUGGCUAAAACUAUGAAGCCUGACCAACAUGUUGUCAUAAACGUAUCUGGUAGAGGUGAUAAGGACGUUCAGACUAUCGCAGAUGUUCUUCCAAAAUUAGGCCCACAAAUUGGAUGGGAUCUAAGAUUCGAAAAAGACCCAACGAGUAGUAAAUAG